AAAAUGAUACUUAUUCUAUUAUAUGACGGAGCGAGUAAAUUCAACUUUUUUUAUGUUUAUUUAAAGAUAAGUCACAAAAACUUUGAAGUAAUCAUCUAUAUAUAAACUACUAAUCUUUCAAACCUUUUUGUCUUUGAAUUCUAGUUGUUAACACACACACAUCACACAAAUUUAUAGAACUUCUCUUUCUAUUGUCAUCUUCCAUGGUAAUACUCUUAGGACACAAAUUUACAAAACUCUGCAACAAGCUGGAGAAUCACAACCAUCAUCACCAUGAUCAUCACUAUCAAUCUGAGGAUUUAUCAGAAUCCCUGAAGGUUUUCCGAUCCGAGGUUUCGAAACUAAUAAACGAAUUAGCAUUAGAUUCGAAACCUGGAUCAGAGAUCCUAUCGUUACUUUGGAUUCAAAAAUGUCUGGGAAUCUUACCCUUGAUCAACAAGGCUUUUGUAAAGCUUACUUUGGAGAUAGAUUAUCCAAUAAGUAAAUGGAAGGUUGAUUCCAUUGAAGAGUAUCUUAGCUAUAGUUUGUGUUUGUUAGAUCUUUUCAAUUCAAUAUCUUCUUGUUUUUCUCAUAUUGAAAAGACUAAGCUUUCUCUUAUUCAUGCCUUGCAACUGUUUGAGAAUUCGCCGGCUUCGGAUACAAGUAAUAAUAAUCAGCAGCAUCUCAAAGGUAUUAACCCAAGUUGUUUGAAUACAAAAUUUGGUGAUGAGUUGUGUAAAAAAAGUGAUAUAGUAAGGUUUUUUUCUGGUAAGGAAUUGAUUGUUAAUGAAGGUGUGAAAGAAUUGAAGAAAUUUGGUUUCUGGGUAUGUGGAAUUUUGUUAUCUGGUUUGUGUAGUGAUGUUAAGCCAUAUAUUGAGGUUAAGAAAAUGGCUGGUGGGUUUGAUGGUUCUUUAGUUUUCACACUUGAUUCUAAAAUCAGUGAAGGGUUAGAUGAGAAAACUUUGAUCUUGAAGGAGGUGAAGGAGGUGAAUGAUGCUGUUGAUUGUGUUCUUGGUGCUUCAGAUGAAGUGAAAAAUGAUGCAGUAAAUGAAUUGAAGAUAAAGGUGAACAAGUUUGUUGAGGUAUUUGAUGCUGUAAAAUCAGAGGUGGAUGAUCUUUUUUCUAUGGUAAUGGCACUUAGAAUUGAGUUAAUUGAUCAUCUAAGGAAACAAUGAUAGAAAUUUGUUACUUGAUUUUUCAUGUAAAGAUUAAUAGGUUGCAAGUUGUUUUUUAAUGUUUCUGAAUUUUAUGAUUAUUGUAAAGUCAUGUAAAUAUCAAAUACAAGUGAUUUGUUUGCAGAA